AAAAGGUGAGGCACCGUGAGUUUAGGACACUCACAUACAGUAGGAGGGAGCCACCAUGACACCUUGCUUUGUCCUUGUCCUGCUGUUCUCAGCAUCCGUUGUGGUAUCAGGAAGCAUUGAAAAGAGGAUUGUUGGGAGCUCAGCUUGCAAGAAGGACAGGCAGUACCAUGUCCAGAUACAGGCUGUGCAGGGGGGGAAAGUAUGUGGAGGGGCUCUGCUGAACACCCGCUGGCUCAUCACUGCUUCUCACUGUGCAGAACAAAAGGUCAAAGUGCAGCUUGGGUUAAACAACGAUGUGUCACUCGGUACAAAAUUUUUCUCUUUCCUGAAAGGAAACUCCAAAAAGUAUGAGCAACAAAUCGAACCCAAACAGCAGUUCACCUUCAAAGAUGAAAGCGGAAAACCUCAUGACAUUAUGCUCAUAAAAUUGAACGAGGACAUGCCAGGAAAAAUUCCAGUCAUCAGCCUUCCUUCGCAGGAUUGUAAAAGGCCAGAGCUGAAAAGCAAAGUGGAGAUCGGAGGCAUGGGAUCCAAGAAAGCAGGUAACAAACUGGAAAGCAGUGUGAGGUGUGCAAGCACAGAGAUCUCAGCAUGUGGUGAGAAUGAUAAACCUGACAGUAAAUACCAAAGUGAUGAGUCCACCACGAUGUGUGCCCACAAACCUGGUGUGGAGGCCUGCCAUGGAGAUGCAGGCUCAGCUGUGGAGUAUGACGGACUCUUAUACGGGAUCAUUGUGAGCGAUCCAGUGGAUAAGUGUGCCGACCCCAUAGUGAUGAUGGACAUCUGCUACUACAAACAGUGGAUCGAAGACACCAUGAAAAAAGAGUCAGCCUGAGAAAUCCCUGAUAAUCAUUAUAACCAGCCAAAUUGGAUAAUUUAGAGAAUACAGAUUCCUGUUAGGCUCUAAAGAGCAUUACGCUAAAAUACAAUUCAGCAAACCGGUUUUAACCUGUUUUCUGUACAACUCUUCAAUUUCUCCAUAAAUAAAAUUAUUCUGCUUCUCAGAG